UAGCCUAGAGCUAUCUUGGUCCAUUAGUCUUUGUUGCUCCUCUCAUUGUGCUCCUAUUUGUGCGUGUAAGCGCACUUUUUUUUGCAAACCCCACUUAUAAUUGACUCCCAAAUACUAUCCUUCAUUUGCCUCAGCUCCCUGAUCCCGCAAAGCAUUUGCAGCAAUGUGGCCAUCCUUAAUUCUCUUGAUAGUCCUAUUCGAAGGCAUUUCUUGCCAAUCGGUUCCGGGAACACCGAUAAACAGGAAAGAGGUGAUCACAGAAGAACAUGGUGUUGUGGCGGCAGACGAUGGUCGUUGUUCCCAGAUUGGCAGCACAAUUCUUCAAAGAGGGGGUCAUGCAGUUGAUGCAUCAAUUGCCACUGCAUUCUGCCUCGGUGUUGUUAGCCCAGCAUCAAGUGGAAUCGGUGCGGGUGGUUUGAUGUUGAUUCGAUCUGCAAAUGGGCUUGUGGACGCCUAUGACAUGCGAGAAACUGCUCCAGCAGCAGCUUCAAGGGAUAUGUAUGCCAAUGAUCCCACCGCAAAAGAACAGGGUGGACUAGCUGUAGGAGUUCCAGGACAAGUGCUAGGUCUCUACACGGUGUGGAAGAAAUAUGGCAAGCUCUCAUGGAAGGAACUGGUGAAACCUGCAAUUGCACUAGCAGGAAGGGGAUUUAAGCUAUCUCCUUAUCUACAUUUUCAAAUGACACAAGUGGAGCCGGCAAUACGAAAAGAUGAGGGUCUAAGAGAGAAGUUCAUGGCAAAUGGGACACUCUUGAAGAUUGGAGAUAUAGUUCGUGAUGCUAAACUUGCGAGGACAUUGAAGAAAAUUGCAGAUCAUGGACCGUCAGUGUUUUAUACUGGUUCAAUAGCGGUCGAUUUGGUUCAUGAUAUCGGAGAGAAAGGAGGGAUAAUCACAAUGGAAGACUUAAAAGGUUAUGUGGUCAAACAAAGGAAGCCAAUUUUUGCAAAGGUCAUGAACCACGAGAUUUUUACUAUGCCUCCACCUUCUUCUGGUGGCGUUGGCCUGAUAAUGGUUUUGAAUGUACUUGCUCAAUAUGGUAGUGCUGAAGCCCUUUCUGGAACCCUUGGACUUCACCGAUUGGUUGAAGCGAUGAAGCAUAUGUUCGCAGAGAGAACCAAUCUAGGUGACCCAGACUUUGUGAAUGUUGAACCUGUUAUAUCUCAAAUGCUUUCCCUCAAGUUUGCAAGAGAGGUGAAGAGUAGGAUAAAUGAUAGCACAACUCAUAAUCCCGACUUCUAUCUCGAAAGGUAUAACCAAACCAUAGACCAUGGCACGAGUCACAUGAGCGUGGUUGAUAGUGAGAGAAAUGCAGUUGGCUUGACGAGCACUGUUAAUAAUUUCUUUGGAGCAUGGUUUCGGUCUCGAAGAACAGGCAUGAUACUCAACAAUCAGAUGGAUGAUUUCUCCAUCCCUUCAAAUACUACUUCAAAUACCACCAUGCCUCCGGCUCCUGCAAACUUUAUCGUGCCACACAAAAGGCCCUUAUCCUCCACAAUGCCCACCAUAAUCCUCAAGGAUGGGCAACUUAACGCUGUGAUUGGUGCAAGUGGAGGACCAAGAAUUAUUCCUGCAAACAUACAGGUCUUUUUGAAUCAUUUCGUUCAUAACAUGGACCCCUUUUCUGCGAUUUUGGCACCUCGAGUCUACCAUAGGCUCAUACCUAACUUUGUGGAAUACGAGAAAUGGGACACAGUGAGUGGGGAUCACAUUGAGGUGAGCCUUCGCGAUAGGUUAGGGCUAGCAAGGAAGGGUCAUGUCCUUCAAGCCUUAGCAUUUGGGGCCAAAUGCCAAUUUGUGGUUCAGCACCUCCCCACCAUGGCAAAAGGAAAGAGCAUUAUUAUGGGAAAUCUUACCGCCGUAAGUGACCCACGAAAGGGAGGUUUCCCUGCCGGUUACUGAUCGCUAUCUGCAUCUCAAAUAAGGAAGCCCAUUAUCUCUCUCAUGGCUUCGCCGUGCAAAA